AUGACUAACUCAGAUAGUGCAGUGGAGAACAUUGAGACCAGACUGAAGGUGUUGCUCCCAGAGGAUGUUGGAGCCGCUCUGAUGGACGGGGUGGUCCUCUGCCAUCUAUCCAAUCACAUCUGUCCUCGGUCAGUUGCCAGCAUCCAUGUGCCGUCUCCCGCUGUGCCAAAGCUUAGCAUGGCUAAAUGCCGUAGGAAUGUGGAGAACUUCUUGGAUGCCUGUAAGAAGCUGGGUGUCACACAGGACAAGCUGUGCCUUCCCCAUCACAUCCUGGAGGAGCGCGGCCUGGUGAAGGUUGGCAUGACGAUCCAGGCUCUGCUGGAUCUGCCACCAUUAAGACCCACCCCCCUGUCAGCUGUUUGACAAGAGCCCGAAUGCUGCGUACAACCCGCAGCCCUCCAUUCGACCCCCCACCACCACCAGGGAGCAAAGCGCCCCCCUGGGGGAGGACCCAGCAGGGGUCUGCUUCUGCCUGACUGAACCAGGAGACAGGAGGGGAACUUCCUCUGUCUUUUUAUAUGAUGUCAGCUGCCACCCUACUUCCUGUCCAUCAGAUUUCCACUUGUAUACUGUUCCUAGUUGCUGGGGGUCAAUGUGUGUUCCUGCGCUGCUUGGACUCCCCGAGGAGAGACAGAAAAGAUCCAAUGUUUUGAUGAAGACAUGUAUUUACCUCUCAACAUGCUCCGUGCUUAUUGAACCUGCAAGGGCCAGUACUGAGAACAUUUCCAUGCUGAUGUGUGAGAUAUUGGCGGUGAGGAGAUGACAGAGAUGUGACUCACUCUUUCACUAAAGAGAUCCAACCUUGAGUAAUUUUGCUUUGCAUAAUCUCACUUCUGUAUCUGCUCCGAAAUCCUGACUAUUGCUUUCUUGAGGGAGAGGCAAGGCGUGCCUCUAAAAAAGUAUGUCCACCAAAAACAUUUUCUUUCUGUAGGUCAUUAGUCAUUUGACUUUCUGGGUGUUUCCUGUUGAAAAUGAUUUUAACAAAAAAUAAAAAGCUGCAUGCUAUGACAUUUGACCACUGUGAGAACAUGUGUUGGUUGUAGCCAAAAGCACAAUGGUCCUGUUUUAUAGCAUUUUUUUUAUUGUUCGUGCAAGGUUUCUGAUAAAUAUUCUGUCAUCCGACUUUUCUAAAGCUUUUAUACUUUCUUUCCAGUCAUUGCCAAAUAUCAUUGCCAGUUUUGUGCCAUAGUCGACAUAAAUCAAUCCACGCAAACCUUCCACACAUGGCACGCUUGUAUCUUCCUGCCAGGCCGCCCUGCUGUUUGUGCUUUCUUUUACAACUCAUUAUUUCAGGGAAAUUCUAUUAUUUACGUAUUUAUUCUUUUGUUUUAUUUUUAUAUGUUGUCACUUUUUGCAUCCUACCCCUUGGUACCAGUGUGAUGCAGCUGCACAUUUAGAUCUCAAAUAUUUCGUUUUUUUGUGCUGAACUUGUUAACUUUGAGAAGGUUUCUCAACUUAGUCCAGACAGCAGCAGGUCACCUUUUUAAAUUAGGUCUCCAAAAUGCUGAACAAUAAUAGUGGAAAUUAAAGUAAAGAUUUAUUAAUCAAUAAAUAUGAGUAUCAGGAGUCAACUUCAACUUUCACUAGGACUUCAUUAUACUGUUCUGUCAAUGAUAACGGCCAAAAUGUUUUUAUUUAGGUGCUUUAAUGGUUUAUUUUACAUAUAGAGUGACUAUUUGAGAAUUGAAAGACUCUAUAACGUGGACAUUUAUCAGUGACACGUUGAUGUGACAUGUUCAAUGACCUCUGGCUUUGAUUAAAGACUUGCUAGUUAAGCUACUGAAGCCCAUGUUAACAACACAAGAAGCAGAGCAUAGCUUUUAUGUGUAGUGAAGAAAAAGCUAAUCAUGAUGCAAAAAGUGCCAUAAAGUACUAUGAGGUUAUUGUCUGUAUUGCUGACACAUAUAGGACAACAUUUUGAAAGUCCACAAAUGCCAUCAAAUUCAACAGAAUUGUGCCUUAAAGGAGGGGCGUUUUUCGGCUUGCUACACUCUAAUUACACUAUAAGUACCUGGAUUACACCUUUCUCUCCCUGUAUUUCUCUCUUCUCCUUUUUUCACAGGAUGUUUUAGAUGUUGUGCAACAGAAACAGAUGUUCUACUUUUCAGUUCAAUGUCAAAUAACACAAUAGUCUACUGUUCAUAGACAAACAAACUCU